AUGGGGGCCCAGAGGGCCCAGGAGAGUAUAAAGGCGAUGUGAAGGGUGCCCGACACAAUCAGACACCCAGUCACAGGCGAGAGCCCUGGGAUGCGCCGGCCAGAGGCCAUGCUGCUGCUGCUCACGCUUGCCCUCCUGGGGGGCCCCACCUGGGCAGGGAAGAUGUACGGCCCUGGAGGAGGCAAGUAUUUCACCACCACUGAAGAUUACGACCAUGAAAUUACAGGGCUGCGGGUGUGUGUGGGUCUUCUCCUGGUGAAAAGUGUCCAGGUGAAACUUGGAGACACCUGGGACGUGAAACAGGGCGCCUCAGGUGGGAAUACCCAGGAAGUCACCCUGCAGCCAGGCGAAUACAUCACAAAAGUCUUUGUCGCCUUCCAAGCUUUCCUCCGGGGUAUGGUCCUGUACACCAGCAAGGAACGCACUUUCUAUUUUGGGAAGCUCGAUGGCCAGAUCUUCUCUGCCUACCCCAGCCAAGAGGGGCAGGUGCUGGUGGGCAUCUAUGGCCAAUAUGGACUCCUCGGCAUCAAGAGCAUUGGCUUUGAAUGGAAUUACCCACUAGAGGAGCCGACCACUGAACCGCCAGUUACUGUCACAUGACCAUCAAAGGCACCCUCGGGUCUCUAGGGUGGGGUACGGGGCCAUCCGAGCUGAGGCCAUCUGGGUGGUGGUGGCUGACGGUGCUGGAGUAACUGAGUCGGGACGCUGAAACUGAAUCCACCAAUAAAUAAAGCUUCUGCAGAAUCAGUGCA